CCCGGAGCCACGUCCCAGUCAGCGCCCCGAGACUGUCGCGGCGGUUAGGUCCGGCGGGAACCUGUACUUCACUAGCUCGCCCACUAUGACGAUCACCUACAGCUGCAUUGCAAAUGGCCGAGCGGUGCUAGCGGAGCUGGCCCUAACCGGCGGCUCUUAUCAGGAAGCAGCGGCAACAGUGCUUAAACUAGUGCUUCUUAGAGCUGAACCAAAGACCAUAAUUCAACGGGGAAGCUUUGUCUACCAUACUCUCUUUAUUGACGGAAUCACUUACCUAUGUGCCUCAGACAAUGCCUUAGAUAUUGUAACACCAUCUGCAUUUCUUAAAAAUGUUAGUGAGACUUUUCUGAGAAAUCCUUUGAUGUCACAAGAACAUUUUUCUCCGUCAAAUGCAGUUGCUACAGAUUUUCAACAAGUGUUAGGAAAGUAUAUGAUGAAAUACAAUAAAAAUCAAGAGGACAGCUUGAUAUCCGCACUGAAGAGUCAAGUAACUGAUGUAAAAAAUGUUAUGACCCAAAAUAUCGAUAAAAUUUUGGAAAGAGAAGAAAGAUUGAAUAUCUUCACUGAUAGAACAGAUGAUCUGCAAACAACUGCCAAAGAAUCCCCAAAAACAAGAAAGAUUCUUGGGAGGAUAUGGUGGAAACACUUUAAAAAGAUUAUAGUCAUCACCAUGGCCAUUCUCCUUUCAAUCAUCAUCAUUCUUUUAAGUACAAAUGUAAUACCAACUUGA